AUGGCCCUAGCUGGCCUCCCUCUCGUGAGAGGUCACCCCUUCAGCGGACUCUGGAUCGCGUUCCUUCAUCUCCUCUUCGCGGCCUCGGUAUGCGCCUACACGCCGCUCUCAGCAGCCGUGCUCAAGAAUGUCACGGUCUCCGAGACCGACUUUGACAUUCACAACGGCCCGCUGCUGGCCCCCAUUCUCAUCCCUAGGGUGCCCGGCACAGAUGGGCAGCUGAAGACUCAACAGCAUUUUGUCGACUUCUUCACCAAGUCGCUACCAAAAUGGAAUAUUCAAUGGCAAAACUCAACAGAUAAGACGCCCGUCACGGGAAACACCGAUAUCCCGUUCCAGAAUCUCAUCAUCAGGCGCGAGCCGCCUUGGACGAAGCCCGGCCAGGCUAACUAUCUCACCCUGGUGGCGCAUUACGACAGCAAGAUCGAACCUAAGGGCUUCAUCGGCGCGACUGACAGCGCUGCACCGUGCGCUAUGUUGCUGCACGUUGCGAGGACUCUGGAUCCGAUGAUGACCCAGAUGUACGAUGAGAUGGUCGCCCUCGGGGAGAAUGGAGGCACCGUUCCUCAGGAUAUGGGUCUGCAGAUCCUGCUUCUCGAUGGAGAGGAAGCGUUCAAGUCCUGGACGGAUACAGACUCAUUAUAUGGCGCAAGGUCCCUGGCUCUCGAGUGGGAGAACACGUUCAACCCUGCCAUGUCCCACUACAAGAACCCUCUCGAGCAGAUUAGCAUGUUUGUGCUGCUGGACCUGCUCGGCUCGGCAGAGCCUAAAAUCCCUUCCUAUUUCCAGUCAACCCACUGGGCCUAUAAGGCCAUGGCCGACAUUGAGAAACGUAUGCGUGACCUCAGCUUGCUUGAGACCAAGCCCAAGAUGCCGUUUCUCUAUGACAUCAACAAGAUGAACAAAAUGUUUGGACGCAGUGGCAUCGGCGACGACCACGUACCUUUUAUGAUAAAGGGCGUCAACAUCUUGCACAUGAUUCCCUCACCCUUUCCCGACGUAUGGCACACGAUGGCGGACGAUGGGGAGCACCUCGACAUGCCAACGGUGAGAGACUGGACGAAGAUUGUGACGGCAUUUACUAUGGAGUGGCUCGAUGCAAUGGAAAUAAUGCCCGAAGAGGCACAAAGGUAG